CCCGCCCCUAGGGCUCAGUGCGCAUGCGCCUAUCAGCGGCAUGGCAGCAGAACCGGACUCUCCUCUCUACCUGGGCCUGGACUUCAGCACCCAGCAGCUGAAGGCGGUGGCCAUCGAUGGAGACCUGCGCCCGGUCCAUCAGGUCAGCCUGCAGUUUGACUCUGAGCUACCUGAGUUCAGGACUCAGGGAGGAGUUCACAUCCAUCCUGACGGGCUGACGGUCACCUCACCUGUGCUCAUGUGGGUCAAGGCUCUGGACCUGCUGCUGGACAGGAUGAAGGGGGGGUUCGGGUUCUCCCGGGUCCGGGCGCUGUCCGGUUCCGGCCAGGUGAGGCUCUGGGUUCUGGGAGUGGCUUCGCCAGAACCGGACCAAAACCCUUCCUCUUCCUCCUCAGCAAAUGGCGCCGUGUUCUGGAGGACUGGAGCGGCUUGGACUCUGGCCCAGCUGGACCCGGGUCAGAACCUGCACCAGCAGCUGAAGCACAGCUUCUCGGUCCAGGACAGUCCCGUGUGGAUGGACUCCAGCAGCGGGCCGCAGUGUGAUGCCCUGCAGGAGGCAGCAGGGGGCGCCAUGAGGCUGGCAGACAUCACUGGAUCCAGAGCCUACGAGCGCUUCACAGGAAACCAGAUCUCCAAAGUGCGGCAGACCCGACCGGACCAGUUCCAGGACACUGAGAGGAUCUCAUUGGUCAGCAGCUUUGGGGCGUCUCUCUUCCUGGGUCGCUAUGCUGCCAUCGACUACAGCGAUGGUUCUGGGAUGAAUCUGUUGGACAUCCGGGACAGGAAGUGGUCUCAGGUCUGCCUGGACGCCACGGCAACCAACCUGGAGCGCCUGCUGGGACAGCCGUGUCCGUCCACCGCCGUCCUGGGCCCGGUCUCGUCCUUCCUGCAGCGUCGCUAUGGUUUCUCUGGGAGCUGCAGCGUCAUGGCGUUCACUGGAGACAACCCAGCGUCUCUGGCAGGAAUGCGUCUCCAUCAGGGGGACAUGGCGGUCAGCCUGGGGACGAGCGACACUCUGUUCCUGUCCCUCUCUGAGCCGCGUCCGUCCCUGGAGGGACACGUCUUCUGCAGCCCGGUGGAGCCGGACGGCUUCAUGGCUCUGCUCUGCUUUAAGAACGGAUCUCUGACCCGGGAACGAGUCCGGAACCGGUGCUGCUCCGGGUCCUGGGGUUUCUCCCAGGCGCUGGACGGGACGCCGUUGGGGAACCACGGCAACAUUGGCUUUUAUUUUGACAUGGAGAUCAUGCCUCCCGCCGUCGGUCUGCAUCGCUUCGAUGCCAACGACCGCCAGGUGUCCUCCUGGAGUCCAGAGCUGGAGGUCCGGGCUCUGGUGGAGGGACAGUUUCUGUCCCGCCGGCUCCACGCUGAGAGACUCGGAUACUCCAUCGGGUCCGGCAGUCGGGUUCUGGCCACCGGCGGCGCUUCAGCCAACAGGCAGAUCCUGCAGGUUCUGUCCGACGUCUUCAACGCUCCGGUUUACACCAUUGACCUGUCGGACUCCGCCUGCUUAGGCUCCGCCUACCGAGCCCUCCACGGUUUAGUGGCGGAUUCUGGAGUCUCCUUCCUGGACCUGCUGAGGAAUGCUCCAGAACCUCAGCAGGUGUGUCGCCCGCACCGCGCCGCUCCGCAGGUUUACGACCCGAUGUUGAGGCGCUACGCUGAACUGGAGCAGAAGGUUCUGGAGAAGAGCCGCACCUGAGACCGGCCGGCCAAUCAGAAGGCUGCGUUGGACCUCAUGGUUUCCAUGGUGACUGGUUCUGCUCUCUAAUUGGUCGGAUCCGAUGGUUCUGGAUCCCAG